GGAAGGAAGAUGACUGAACCGGUGAAGCUCAUCGGCGCCUUCGGCAGCCCGUUCGUCCACCGUGCGGAGGUGGCCCUGCGCCUCAAGGGAGUCGCUUACCAGCUCAUCACAGAAGACCUCUCUAACAAGAGCGAGCUGCUGCUCAGCCACAACCCCGUCCACCACAGGGUGCCGGUGCUCCUCCACGGCGACAAGGCCAUCUGCGAGUCGCUGGUCAUCCUCGAGUACAUCUACCAGGCCUUUGACGGCCCGCCGCUCCUGCCAACCGACCCCGGCGAGAGGCCAAGGCCCGCUUCUGGGCCAAGUUCUUUGCCGAAAAGUGCCAUAGUUUUAAAUAGCCGACUACUAUAGCUCCGCUAUAGCCCUUUCAGCAGGGUGCCGCUAAAUGGCCACCUUCAGAAAUAGCCAGCUAUAGCUCCGCUCCGCUAUAGCUAAUUUGAAGGCCCGUCGCUAUUUUCCAUAGCCUGCUAUUUAGAACAUUUAGUGCCUGAUGUCGGUGUGGCUGGCGCUGUGGACGGCGGGCAAGACACGGAAGGUUCUCAUGGAGGAUGCUAAGGAACACUUGGCGAUAGUGGAGACGCAGCUCAAGCAGAAGAGAUUCUUCGGAGGCGCUGCCAUCGGCCUCGUCGACAUUGCCGGCGCCAGCGUGCUGUCCCACUGGGCAGGCGUGCUGCAAGAGGUCGCAGGGAUAACCGUCAUGAGGGAUGACGAGGAUGGAGGACUACAACGCCGACGAAGUUGUCACUAAGUGCCUGCUAGAUAGGGACCAGGUUGUGACCCACUUCAUCGUUAUCAGAGGGAAGUGCGUCGCCGCGGCCUAGUCCAUGCUACCCAAUUAUCUAGCGAGCAAAUAGACUAAGCUAGAGGUUCGUGUCGUUUGAAUUAAGAUGAAGAUCUGUCGUAAAAUAAGACAUAGGGGCAGUUGGUGGAAUGUUAUUGUUCGAUGCCACUGUGCUCGGUUUGCCUAUGCAGGAAGCGGCCUCUAGGGGAUCUGUAGCCAGUUUGGUUCACGCGCACACCUCUGUGCAAUGAAAAUUUUGGUGCCUAUUGUAAGCCUGAGACGGUUGUGAUUUUCGAGUUGGCUGAUGCCUCGUAGUCUGACUAUCAGACCCAAGUCGGCUCUGUAGCAAACCAGGAGGACACUAAUCCUAUACGGCUCGUCGGUUGGUUCUCGCGUGAUCUCUGGGCGAAUAUUGCUGAAUUGACCAGUUGAUCUCUCUUCUCUUGAGGAACCAGAGCCGAGAAAACUCAGAGAUCCAUGGUUCUACAAAAUUCAGAGUGACUGAACUAUAUAUAGUCCGGUUGCUAACGUCAACAUGUGUAGCUAGUUCUAAUGCAUCUGGCAGAUGGGUUGGUUGCCGUCGCUAUUUGAUGUUUGGUUGACAUGUAUGUCUAUCCAAAUGAAUACAGUCAUUCACUACCAUGCCUUUGGGUAGCUAGCUUCGUGCCAACUUUGAUCAAUUUCCAUAUUGAAUAGACAAUAUGUACAAGUUUUGACCAUUACCGUAACUACUGUCCAUUUAUCUCUCAAAUAGAUAGAUUGUUGAAUGCCACCAAGUUUUCGAAACCAUUUAUACACAUGCCGUAUGGAAGUACUAUAUAUUUGGUGAUACUCACUCGUCU